AUGGCCGACGUUGGAUCACCAGUCCCGGACUCUCUCCCAGCAGCAGCCUUCGAAGACACCACCGCACCACCCACCACCUCAUCCACCGAACUCACCACCACCACCAACACCGAUGGCACCGUAACCAAAGUCAAAAGGACCAAAAUCAUAAAACGUAAACGACGACCCGCCCGGCCCCAACAAGAUCCCGCCCUCUUCAAAUCCAUACCGCCACCGCAAACAGGCACAAUCUUCAACAUCUGGUACAACAAAUGGUCCGGCGGCGACCGCGAGGACUCUCUAAGCAGCAAAUCCCAAGCCAAAGGCCGAUGCAACGUAGCAACCGACAGCGGCUACACGCGCGCCGAUAAAGUCCCCGGAUCCUACUUCUGUCUCUUUUUCGCUCGAGGAUUGUGUCCUCGGGCUAAAGAGGGUGGCUUGGGAGAUAUUUAUCCUAGUAAUGUGGACUGUUUUGGACGGGAUAAGUUUAGUGAUUACCGGGAUGAUAUGGGAGGGGUGGGGUCUUUUAUGAGGGUGAACAGGACGUUGUACAUUGGCCGCAUACACGUCACAGACGAUAUCGAGGAAGUCGUGGCCCGCCACUUCCAGGAAUGGGGACAGGUGGAGCGGACUCGUGUUUUACCCAGUCGCGGUGUGGCUUUCGUCACGUAUACACAUCUCGCAAACGCCGAGUUCGCGAAAGAAGCCAUGGCGCAUCAGAUGCUGGACAACAACGAGACCCUCAACGUGCGUUGGGCGACAGUCGAUCCUAACCCCGUCGCGCAGAAACGAGAGGCGAGGCGCGUGGAGGAGCAGGCUGCGGAGGCGAUCAGAAGGGCGCUGCCGGCCAGUUAUGUGGCGGAGUUGGAGGGGAGGAGGUGGGAGGGUGCGGAUCCGCAGGAGGAGAGGAAGAGGAGGAAGAUUGAGGGGAGUUUUGGACUGCAGGGGUAUGAGGCGCCGGAUGAUGUGUGGUAUGCUUCUGAGAAGGCUAGGCUGGAUGCGCCGGAGGAGAAGAGGAUGCUCGAGGCGCCUGAGGCGGAAGAUGGGGAUGAGGAGGAGAUGGUGGGAGGGGUGGCAAUCCAGGACGAAAAGGUCGAGAGUGGGCUGCUUGGGGCGUCAACGUUGGCUGCAUUGCGAGGGUUCAAAGCUACGAGCACAGAGACGAAAGCGCCUGACAGACCUUCUGGUGCAUUGGUGGGCUAUGGAAGUGAUAGCGAAGAUGAUGAUGAUGAUUGA